AUAUUUGUUUUAUUUUGACGGCAGCUCAAUGGUUAAGGUGCUAUGGCUUACUUCCGGAAUACUUCCGGAAAAUUUGCAUAAAAGUAGCAAGUGAGCUUUGUUCUUUGUACAUUUCUAAGGAUUGAAUGCUAGGUUAUAGCAAAAAAAUAUGGACUUUUCAUGUUUUUUUAUUAUCUUAAGAUCAGUCCUUCAAAAUUUAAAAUACUGAGUUUUGAGACAUGUCAAAUAGAUGGCGUGUUGAUUGUGUCAGUUAUGGAAUGGCGGUUUGCUGUCAAAAGUUAAGCUACUAUCCUUUCUUCGAAAAUUACCAACAAAUUCAUCGGAGGAAACGUGAAAGGGUUGUGGCCGUCGUGCAGCCUACCGUCAACUAUUUUGUUCAAAAUCAUUUUAUUCUACUGGAUGUGUCAUCGAAAGGAUACAGUUUGGAUUGGAAUAAUAGCUCUGGACUCUGGGGAAUCCUCACUUAUACUCGAGUCAACCUGCAAACAGGUUGGCCAGUUUGUCCUUACGAACGCUUGAAGGUCACGAGAAACAUUACGUAAAACUGGCAUGUGGUGGUUUAGAGGUUGGGUGAGAACGACACGCGUUUCAACAUUAUCAAGCAG